AUGAUCAUUAAUCCUAAAUCUAUCGGGGACCACACACCCAUUGGUGGUGACUCCAUUAUACAGGUGAGCACAAACAAGUACCUGGGGGUCCGCAUGGAUGCACAACUGAGUUGGUGUACCCAGGUCGACUCUGUGUGUGCACGCAUCCAGAGCCCUAGAAAGAGAGAGUUGCGUCAGGUGAAAGUGGCUUCCAAGGGUCCGAAGGAGGACCUGGCCCCAAAGGCAACAGAGGCAGAGGGCCAGGGGGAGGCGCAGGAGGAGGAGCUUGGAGAAGAGGGACAGGAGGAGUUUCAGGAGCAGACAGGAGAACAAACCCAGACAGACCUGGGCCAGUUGGACCUAAUCCAGACAUUGUCCAGAGGUGAUGGGGAGACCUUCCCAGCUCGACCCAAUCUCAGCGAGCCAACGGCCGUGCUGACAACAGAACAAACCAACGUUCUCACCAAGGAUGCCUGUUUGCUGAGGCAGGACCCCGGCGGCUGUCAAAACUACACCAUGAAGUGGUUCUUUGACACAGAACAGCGUGAAUGCUCUCGCUUCUGGUAUGGCGGCUGCGAGGGGAACAACAACCGCUUUGAGACGCAGGACGAGUGCGAGAUUGUCUGUCUGAGCACGAGGCGAUGAGAAGAGGCCCCGCAGGUUCCGAGGCCUGGACCACCUGGAGACUGAUUCAUCAGAUCAGCCUCUCUGCUUGUGAGCCUCCCACAUAUCCCAGGCUGCCAUGCAGACAAUAUGUUAACAAGAAAACGAGGUACUUCAGAAAAACAACCAACUGUUGAAAACUGUUUCUGCCCUCUGUUGCACCUGACCCAAGUCAUCAAGGACACGGCAGCCUCUAGACAGAGACCACUUUCACCAGCUUUCCUGCAGAUUUAAUUGGGAUUAAUGGUAUGGAGCUAAUCAAUUCAGCCAGGGGCCAGAUGCUUAGAAAUUCACCAA